GGGCGGGCCGCCGGCGCCGGGAGCUGGACCCCAUGGACAUCCGCGGAUCCAUUGUCUACCUGGAGAUCGACAACCGUCAGUGUGUCCAAUCGUCCUCGCAAUGCUUCCAGAGCGCCACGGACGUGGCCGCCUUCCUGGGCGCACUCGCCUCACUGGGCAGCCUCAACAUCCCCUACAAGAUCGAGGCCGUGCAGAGUGAGACGGUGGAGCCGCCCCCGCCCCCGCAGCUGCACUUCAUGUACGUGGCCGUGGCCGCCUUCGUGCUCCUCUUCUUCGUGGGCUGCGGCGUACUUCUGUCACGGAAGCGCCGGCGGCAGCAUGGACAGCUGUGGUUCCCCGAGGGCUUCAAGGUGUCAGAAGCCAGCAAGAAGAAGCGGCGGGAGCCCCUCGGCGAGGACUCCGUGGGCCUCAAGCCCCUGAAGAAUGCGUCGGACGGCGCUCUCAUGGACGACAGCCAGCACGAGUGGGGUGACGAAGAUCUGGAGGCCAAGAAGUUCCGGUUCGAGGAGCCGGUGGGUCUUUCCGACCUGGAUGACCAGACGGACCACCGGCAGUGGACCCAGCAGCACCUGGACGCCGCCGACCUGCGCGUGUCGGCCAUGGCCCCCACGCCACCCCAGGGCGAGGCUGACGCGGACUGCAUGGAUGUGAACGUCAGAGGGCCAGACGGCUUCACGCCCCUCAUGAUCGCCUCCUGCAGCGGCGGCGGCCUGGAGACGGGCAACAGCGAGGAGGAGGAGGACGCGCCUGCCGUCAUCUCCGACUUCAUCUACCAGGGCGCCAGCCUGCACAACCAGACGGACCGCACCGGCGAGACCGCCCUGCACCUGGCUGCCCGCUACUCCCGCUCCGACGCGGCCAAGCGCCUGCUGGAGGCCAGCGCUGACGCCAACAUCCAGGACAACAUGGGACGCACCCCGCUGCACGCGGCCGUGUCUGCCGACGCGCAGGGCGUCUUCCAGAUCUUGAUCCGGAACCGGGCCACGGACCUGGACGCCCGCAUGCACGACGGCACGACGCCGCUGAUCCUAGCCGCCCGCCUGGCGGUGGAGGGCAUGCUGGAAGACCUCAUCAACUCGCACGCCGACGUCAACGCCGUGGACGACCUGGGCAAGUCCGCCCUGCACUGGGCCGCCGCCGUGAACAACGUGGAGGCUGCCGUCGUGCUGCUGAAGAACGGCGCCAACAAGGACAUGCAGAACAACAAGGAAGAGACGCCCCUGUUCCUGGCCGCUCGGGAGGGCAGCUACGAGACCGCCAAGGUGCUGCUGGACCACUUCGCCAACCGGGACAUCACGGACCACAUGGACCGCCUGCCCCGGGACAUCGCGCAGGAGCGCAUGCACCACGACAUCGUGCGGCUGCUGGAUGAGUACAGCCUGGCGCGCAGCCCCCAGCUGCACGGCGCGGCCCUGGGCGGCGCGCCCACCCUGUCCCCGCCGCUCUGCUCGCCCGGCGGCUACCUGGGCAACCUCAAGCCCACCGUGCAGGGCAAGAAGGCCCGCAAGCCCAGCACCAAGGGGCUGGCCUGCGGCGGCAAGGAGGCCAAGGACCUCAAGGCGCGAAGGAAGAAGUCCCAGGACGGCAAGGGCUGCCUGCUGGACAGCUCGAGCGUGCUGUCGCCCGUGGACUCCCUCGAGUCCCCGCAUGGCUACCUGUCGGACGUGGCCUCGCCACCCCUCCUGGCUUCUCCGUUCCAGCAGUCCCCAGCGGUGCCCCUCAAUCACCUGCCCGGCAUGCCUGACACCCACCUGGGCGUUGGCCACCUAAGCGUGGCUGCCAAGCCCGAGAUGGCAGCGCUGGGUGGGGGUGGCCGGCUGGCCUUUGAGGCGGGACCACCGCGGCUCUCCCACCUGCCCGUGGCCUCCAGCACCAGCACAGUCCUGGGCGGUGGCGGCGGUGGUGGCAGUGGGGCCAUGAAUUUCACCGUGGGGGCCACGGGCUUGAACGGCCAGUGUGAGUGGCUGUCCCGCCUGCAGAAUGGCCUGGUGCCCAACCAGUACAACCCGCUGCGAGGGAACGUGGCGCCGGGCACCCUGAGCACGCAGGCCCCGGCCCUCCAGCAUGGCCUGAUGGGCCCACUGCACGCUGGUCUGUCCACGGCUGCCCUGUCCCAGAUGAUGAGCUACCAGGCCCUGCCCAACACGCGUCUGGCCGGCCAGCCUCACCUGGUGCAGAGCCAGCAGCUCCAGCAGGUGCAGCAGCAGCAGCAGAACUUACAGAUGCAGCAGCCAGGCCUGCAGCCGCAGCAAAACCUGCAGCCGCCGAACCUGCAGCCGCAGCCGCCCCAGCCGCACCUCGGCGUCGGCUCGGCCGCCGGUGGCCACCUGGGCCGGAGCUUCCUGGGCGGGGAGCCGAGCCAGGCGGACGUGCAGCCGCUGGGCCCCGGCAGCCUGGCGGUGCACACCAUCCUGCCCCAGGACAGCCUGGCCCCGCCCGCGGCGUUGCCCGCUGCGCUGGCCCCGCCCAUGAGCUCGGCGCAGUUCCUGACCCCGCCCUCCCAGCACAGCUACACCUCCUCGCCCGCGGACAACACGCCCAGCCACCCGCUGCAGGUGCCUGAGCACCCCUUCCUCACCCCGUCCCCCGAGUCCCCCGACCAGUGGUCCAGCUCGUCACCGCACUCCCACGUCUCUGACUGGUCCGAGGGCAUCUCCAGCCCGCCCACCAGCACGCAGUCACACAUCACCCACAUCCCGGAGGCCCUCAAGUGAGCAGCCGGCACCCCGGCGGGACCCUGCGCUCCGCGCACACCGGACUGAGCAGAGGGGCUUUUACUUAAGAAUCAUGUUUUUAUACAAAAUAAAAGGACAAGGAUUUUAAUUUUUUUUAGUAUUUAUUUAUGUACUUUUAUUUUACAAGGAAACACUGCCUUUUUAUUUAUAUGUAAUGUUUUCUAUGUCUCCAGGUAACAACUUUUAUCUGUUCCAAGAAAAUGAACUAGUUCUCAGUCAUGAAUUUCCUACUUAGCAUAAAUAUUGUAAAAUACAAACAAAGAUUCAUGAUUUAUAAAUGCCAUUUAUUUAUUGGUUUUUUUUCCCCCUUCAAAACCCAAAAAUAAAUGAUGCUGACAAGAGAGACUUGAACCAGCAUUGUCCGACAGUGGGGGGGGGGGUCUGCUGCCGUGGCCCAGAUGCCCCCCACCCACCUGCCCAGUGAGAAGAUGGGUCUAGACUCAAACAACAGUCAGAACCUUCACACCUCUGGCAUGUGGACUAAUUUGCAUUUAAAAUAGGAAUGUAGACUGUAAAUUGUUUCUAUGUUUCGUCGGGUUUUUUUUUAAUGCUGUUUUUGGAAAACAUGCUUUUAAAGAUGUGUCCUUGGGGAGCACCAAGGGCACGUCUCAUGGUACCAAUCAUGAAUCUUUGUUUCGGGUUCAGUAUUACAUAGCUGUUGGUUGGUCUUGUGAGUUCCUGUUCCUUCUAGAAGCUUCUCCGCCCCAGCCUUGAUACUUAAGCAUCGUGUAAGAGCGAGGAGCCUGGUGGCUGUGGGGCACCCAUCUUGGACACCACGUGGAGGAAUCCCACCCUCUUCUGGGGAAAGACACUGCCCGGGCCACGCCAGCACUGCAAGGUGAACACCUGCUUCCAGGACCAGUGGAGACGGACUCGCGUCCCCGGGGCCCAGGCUCAGCUCACCGGGCCAGACCGUCGCGGCCCCGGUUUUAUGAGACGCCCCCCAGAGCAGUCUCUGUCCAGGCUUUGGAGAAACAUGGCUGUGUCCAGCCUUGGUUUGCAGAGACAGCCCAUCCCCCGGCCUGGCACGUGCGGCUGAGGCGGUGCCCUUGGGGCAGGGGAUCCUGCUUGAGGUCCCCUCCCCGAUCUGGGGGGCACAUACCCAGGGAAGGAGCAGAUGCUUGCAAUAUCAAGUAUAAGCCUGUGGCAAACUAAAUGUCUGUAAAUACAUUUUUAAAGGUGGAUUUUGUUUAAAAAAUCUGAAUGAACAAGUCUGUCCGGGGUCGUGCUGACGCAGGGAUGUCAGAGCGUGGUUGUGCCCACGACCCGGGCCUCGCCACCUGACCUGCGGCUGCCAGGCCUGUAGCUCCUGAGAGCAAACCCGGGGAGGGCUCCCCGCUGCCGGCGGGCCUCUGCCUCCUCCAGGCAGCCUCUCCAGCCACGCCGGGGACAGCGCGGUGCCGUCCCUAGUGGGCAUGACCAGACUCGCCCUAGGAUGUUGAUUCUUACGGGGUUUGGGAAAAAAAAUAGAGUGUAGUUUACAGCAAAAGGAAACUUUUUAAAAAAGUGAUCUAUGUGCAAAACUGUAGGUGAUGAAAAGGAUGUAUUUUUUUUCAUCUUUUUUUGUUAACUGAUUUGCAAUAAAAGUAAUGCUGCGGGUCAUCGGACUUUGCUAAGCCUG